AUGGCGUCCUGCGUGACCCCCCACACCCGCGUAUUUCUUUUCAUCUGUUUUUUUUUCCUCCUCUUUCCAUGCCUUUCUUUAACUUGUAGAUCCGGGCCGGGUGGGUGGGACGAAAACGAAGGGAUGCGUUACCCGGGGCGAAGGACUUUCUGCCGGGUCGCUUCCACGGCCACCUGUGGAGUUCUACUGGCAAACACGCUGCUCAUCUCCUACGCAUGUUAUGGAAAAGACACUUUUUUUCUUCAGCACUGGAAUUAUGGUAAACCAGUUAUAAUGAAGAAAACGCAUUUGUUGGCGUUUUGGGAAAACGCCCUCAGUGCUGGGGAACGAGGUUGUGUUCAGGCUUGGUUAGACGCAAUGAGUCUGAAGUCGCCAUCCCACUCAUUAUUUUCCCCGCUUUUCGUGUUGCAAGACACAUUACUUUUUGUGUGUGGCUUACCGGAGUGGCGCAGCGCGGUCCUCACGCUGAGUAAACUGUUGGGUACAGAUGUGGUGCCGUAUUGCAUGGAAAUACGACGGGAACGGCAAGGUGAUGUGAUUUUUCUGCAUCUCAAACUGGAGACAGAGUUGAGACCCCGUUUUCUCCAAUGGGCGAAAGGCGAGAAGGGCGGAACACUCUCGUUUCCGUCAGUGGCAACAUUGCAACUGGAAGAAAAUAGCCCUGGAAGUGUUGGUAGUAAUAAGUGGCGAAUUGCUGCCGCAGAGCACCGUUGGUUCGGCGGUCCCAUUGUGUCGCAGCAAAGCGCAACGUUGCGCUCGCCGUGGGGAGACGUGGGGGAUAUCCUGCGGCGUUUCUUCGCCUAUUCCAUGUUGGGCAUUUCCCGUAUUUUAGUUCGAGAAAAAGAGUUGUGA